UCCUCCAGCCUUGUGUCUGAGCUCUGCCUGCCCAGCCGCUCUCUCUCUCUCUCUCUCCUGCUCAGCGUCUCUCUCUCACUCUCCAGCCACCAUGAAAACCUCCAGGCAAAGCACUUACUCCAUGCGCUCCUCCACCCCCGCCGGGUCCUUCCAGCGCUCCUCCGGCCCCGUCUACAGGGCCUCCACCAUCCACGGCGGGGCCGGCGGGACCCGCGUCAGCGUCUCCUCCGGCGUGCGCAGCGGGCUGGGGGCCGGCAUGAUGGGGGUGGCGGCGGGGGGCUUCUCCGGCGGCGCGCAGGUGAGCGGCGGCGGCGGCGGCGGGGGCCACAUCAUGGGCAACGAGAAGUUCGCCAUGCAGAACCUCAACGACCGGCUGGCCAACUACCUGGAGACGGUGAGGAGCCUGGAGCACGCCAACCACAAGCUGGAGGUCCAGAUCAAGGAGGCCCUGGAGAAGGCCGGGCCCGACUACAGGGACUACAGCAAGUACCAGGCCGUCCUGGACGACCUGAGGAGAAAGGUGUUCGACUCCACCACCGACAACGCCCGCCUGAUUCUCAACAUCGACAACGCUCGCCUGGCGGCCGACGACUUCAGGGUCAAGUUUGAGUCCGAGCUGGCCAUCCGCCAGUCCGUGGACGCCGACAUCGUGGGUCUGAGGAAGCUCAUCGACGACACCAACAUGAGCCGCAUGAACCUGGAGAGCGAGAUCGAGACCCUGAAGGAGGAGCUCAUCUACCUCAAGAAGAACCACGAAAAUGAAGUCAUGGAGAUGCGUAACCAGAUCGCCCAGUCAGGAGUCCACGUGGAUAUCGACGCCCCUAAAGGACAGGACCUGUCUGAGAUCAUGAAUGAAAUAAGGGCUAAGUACGAGAAGACGGCUCUGCAGAACCAGGAGGAACUCAAAUUAUGGCACGAAUCUCAGAUCACGCAAGUGCAGUCCGAGGUCAGCCAGAACACAGAGACCCUGAAGGGGGCGCAGACGGAGAUGAACGACCUGCGCAGACAGGUGCAAACCAUGGAGAUCGAGCUGGAGUCACAGAGGAGCAUGAAAUCCUCUCUGGAGGGCACGCUGAGGGACACGGAGAUGCGCUACAACAUGGAGAUGGAGGCGCUCAACACCAUCCUCCUGGGGCUGGAGGCCGAGCUCACGCAGCUGCGCAACAACAUCCUGCAGCAAACGCAGGAGUACCAGAGCCUGCUCAACCUCAAGAUGAAGCUGGAGGCGGAGAUCGCCACGUACAGGCGGCUGCUGGACGGGGAAGAAGACUUCACGCUCCAGGACGCUCUGGAGAAGCAGAAGACGGUGACGACCAAGGUGAUGACCGUCACACAGACCGUGGUGGACGGCAAGGUGGUGUCCUCCAGCACAGAAACCAAGAACCUUUGAGUCCCGGAAGCCUGACACUCCCGUCGACCCUCGUCACCUCCAUCCUAACACUAACAUGUGAUUGGCCGAAAUAAAAUCUCCUUUCCUAACCGCUGAUGCUCAAUGUGUUUGACUUCCUGGGUAAUACCGCUGCUCCACAGCCGAUGAAAUUAAACUGGAUCGGAGGAAGACCGAAUCAUCUUUUAUUUAUUUCAUCAUGAUUUAUUUAUGGGUUUGUGUCUCGACCCGCAGAUGCUUAACAAGAAAUUCAGAAUUGGAGACCUGUGAGAUUAACUUUUUUUUUUCUUCUUCAUCCCAGAGCGAAAAACUAAUUAAAGUGAUUGAAUAUUUCCAAGAGAGUCCAAUUGAAUGCAAAACAUGCUUUAUAUGUCAUCAUCUUUGGUUUUCCUUUGGUCCAGUUUUUAAGUCUGCCUGAUGCGCUGUGAUGUUCCCACAUAUCAAUAAAGUCCAUUUGAGAAAUGUA